AGCUCAUGUUUCAGGGCAGAAAGAUUUGGUUGGUGGUGGAGUUGAUUCACAGUGAAUCAUCCAUUAAAUGAUCUGUUGUCUGACGGAAUGAUAUUUUUCGUGAAUUAUUUUACUACGAGUGUCUGAAAUGUGGAAUUGUCAGAAAUGUUCAAAACCCGUGUUUUUUGCCGAGCGGAAGCAAUCCAUGGGAUUUAUGUGGCAUCCGGAUUGUCUCAGAUGUGAAGAAUGUGGAAAGCGAUUGAAUCCUGGUCAACACGCUGAGCACCGAGGAUCACCAUAUUGCCAUAUCCCGUGCUAUCCUGCCCUUUUUGGACCUCAGCUCUUUGGACAUGGCUCGAAGGUGGAAUCGCACUCUAGUUUUGGAAAGAAUAAGUCAACCCCUGAUAAUAUAAAGAAAUCUCAUCUCGAAUCUAAAGUUCGAUUGUACAACCAAUUCUGGGAAGGACGCAGAGGAGAGCUCAGUGUCAGGGAGGUGAAUGGAAGGCUGGUUCUUGAAGGUGUUCUCCGAAUUUAUUGGAACGUAUCUCAGGAAAUAAGACUGAAGGAGGACGACGAUAGACGUAUUCGAAUACAGGCUCAAAAGCGUCAGUCUUACAGACUAGCGCUUGAGGACGAUGGAGAGGGUGUCUCUCCGGAAGACACGUGUAUUUCAGAUGUUCUGAUUAAACCGAAAUCUACUUUGUCGUUGUCUGCUCGUACUCUACCAUCUGGCCUAAGCAUUGAUUCAGUGCAGAAGAUUUACCCAUCCGAUGGUGGCUAUGAAGAUGAGGCGGGCCCAGCUUCGUUGGAAUCGGAAAAUUUGAAUGAUCAUUCGGACGUGAAGGACCAAAUCGAGCUUGAUGUGACAAACGAUGAUGUGACGAAAGUGGCGAAAGUCUUGUUGCGGCGUCGCCCCGGAAGGAAAAUGACGCGUUCUCCGUUGAAGCGACGAAAAUCAAUGAUCAACGGGCAUUGCUACGACGUGACAACGAGUACUUUCACUCCUCCAACUGGAAGUGUCGCGUUCAUAUGGGUUUCAUCGAUGGUUAACGCUUCAGAAGUCGUAAACAUGCUUCUGGAGAAAUAUAAAAUUCAGUCUCCAGCCGAAAACUUCGCUCUGUAUGCCGUCUGGGACCAUGGAGAGCAACGCGAGUUGAAAAGCGAAGCAUAUCCACUUCUGGAACGGGUUUAUUACGGUCCAAAUGAAGAUGUUGUCAAGCUCUACAUCAUGGACCGUGAACGCGGAUCUGACAUUCCGCCAGAGGUGUCUCAAUAUCUCAAUUUCUCUCUCACUGAGCUGUCUAUGUUCAUCGAGGCGUUUUAUGACGAAGAAGAAAGGGAAGUGGCGCGAAUACAAACCAAGUAUCGUCACGAAAAACUAGGAAAGAUGGACGACUUUCCCGACGAAAAUGAAAUCUUGGAUUACCACGAGCAAGAAUAUCAGAUUAUGUUGGAAAAUGAGAGACAACUGCAAUCUGAGUCUUCCGUUGCUCGUGAAAUCAACAAAUCGCCUGUGAAAGAAUCCCCAUGGACAGGUAGCGAAAAUCUAUUCGACAGUCCUGCUCGUCUGAGAAUCGUUGAAGAUUCUUCACCCAUGCGGACACCGAUAUUGUCGGAGGUCCAGAAUGUAGCUGCUGAAACUCACAAAGUGAAGCGUUCGUUGCAAGAAAUUUUGGACGAGGCCAAAGAAUUGGCGGAGCAUGCGAAGCGUAAGAAAACUGAGGAGCUUCCGUCGGAAGAUGUGCGCAUCAUGAAAGCCAUUGCGCAACUUCGAAAUGCCCGGAAGGAAGCGGAAGAAGAGUCGGCUCUUAUGUUCAGUCAUAAUCGGCAAUUCAAGAAGCUCGAAGAACCGACAAUAUUUCGCCAUCCACCAGAGAAAUCUUUCGUCUCGAUCCUGUGUCCGAAAACGUCUCGUCUCUGUUAUGCCCUCUUGAAAGACGACGACGAGUUCGCGGAAAAUUCGAAAAUCACAGUCGGACCUGAUGCCGCGAAAAAUCUACUGGACGUCCAGUACGCAGAUCUGAAGCUAAUGGCCGAUCAGGAGAGGAUGAACCGUUUGAAGCGUCUCGAGCGCAGUGUAAACGAGGAACCUCGGGAAUCUUCGGAUGCUGAUGAAAGCAAUGACGAUGGCGAGUCUUCUUUGUGGGUCGACAAGUACAGACCGAAGAGCUACAUGGACUUACUCAGUGAUGAGAAUGUGAAGAACCGUUAA